AUGGUGAUCACGCGUGCACGGGCCGAUGAAGACGAGGAUGAGGGGGAGGAGAAAGAGGAAGAGGAGGAGGGGAAGGAGCGCAUCCAGGACGCCGGAGGACCCACCUGGGACGCUGGAGGACCCACCUGGGACGCCGGAGGACCCACCUGGGACGCUCUGGUCCAACCAUGUCUUCUGGUGAGGACCAACACCUGCUUGGGUUGCCAUGAGUCCUUUGAGUGUUCCCCCGAUGCGCUUGGGCCCUUUAAACGCCCCAUGUCGCCCCGUACGAGCGUGACGGAAAAGGAAGUCAAAAGUAUUGGGACGGCAUGGACGAACGAGGAGGUCAAAGCCAAACGUCUCCUCUGCUGCUCGCUCUGCAAAGUCGUGGUCAACUCCGCCUCGCAGCUGCAAGCUCACAACAGCGGCAGCAAGCACAGGACCAUGCUGGAGGCGCGGAGCGGCGACGGUGCCAUCAAGUCCUUCCCGAGGCACGGCGCCAAGGCCAAGCCCCCGUCCACCGAGCCGUGGAGCGGCCUCCAGAACAAAACCUUCCACUGUGAGAUCUGUGACGUGCACGUCAACUCUGACACGCAACUCAAGCAGCACAUCAGCAGCAGGAGACACAAAGACAGAGCAGCAGGCAAACCGGCCAAGCCCAAGUUUAACCCCUACAGUCCCAGCCAGCGACCUUCCAGCCUCCACAUGGUUUCGCACAAGAACCAAGACCGCAUCAAACCCGCCAGCUCCACGACGCUCCUACGGCGGCAGCAGCUCACCACCGCCGCGUCCUCUCUGCCGUCCUUCCAUGUCCAUGCCGCCGCACACGCAAGCCCCGCCCUGUGUCAGGCUCCGCCCCUCCUGCAGGCUCUUAUGUAUCGGAGCUCGCCGUUCGUCUGUUCGACGUCGCUUCUUUUUCAUCACGACUGACUUCAGAGGACGUUUGAGUCCAUGGAAACAACUUUUGCGUCAUGGUUGAUAAACGUCAUCGGGAACGUUCUCAGCCGGCGUUGGAACGCCGCAGCGGAAUAUAAGACGGAGUGUCCGGUCUUUCCUGCUUUAUGCCGGAUCUUUUUUGGGGGCGGUUUCAUGCAAUGACUCACGCUACAACGUUGUCAUGACAACAGGUCGUUCUGACACAAAAGUAUUGGGACGCGCUUCUUCAUCAGUCGGGAGCUCCUAGAAUGGGAAUUCUUUACCUCGGAGACCUCAAAAAGGAGCAAUCCUGUUUUUUGUCGUCACUUCCUGUCGGCGUCCCGGUAUUGUAUCUUUUAGCUCACUUCCUGUCAGCACAUGUUCAUGUUUACGAGCGACUACCGAUGUUCUCUAAUGAGCAUCUGACCUUUCUAAACAGAGGUCAGGCUUCUGUGUUUAUCAUCUUGUUAGCAUUCGCUAGCGCAGCCCCCCGUGGGCGGCGUCCCUGCUGUGAGCAGUCGAGGUGGCGAUUGGAACAUCUGUGAGUGGGAAGCCGGCUUAUUCCUGAUUUUU